AUGUCUAACUGGUAUUCAAGUGUAGAACUGGCAGAAUUACUACAAUCAAAAAAUACAUAUUUAGUUGGAACAUUAAGGUGCAAUAGAAAGUCUAAUCCGAAAGAAGUAACUAAAAAAAAAUUGAAAAGAGGGGAAAUUGUGUCUCAGAGAAGCUCAUCUAAUGUGUUGGUGCUGAAGUGGAGGGACAAACGGGAUUUAGUUAUGGUUUCUUCUAAACAUGAUAGUGCUCUUACAAAUUUGAAAAUAAGAGGAAAAAUAGUACAAAAACCAACAGUAGUUGUUGAUUAUAAUAUUGGAAAAACUUCAAUUGACCUCUCAGAUCAGAUGACUUCCUACUCCAACCCUCUUCGUCGCAGUCAAAAGUGGUACAGAAAAGUUGCUCUAGAUGCAUUAUUAAACAUAAGUGUUGUUAAUGCUCUAGUUUUAUUCCAGAAAGUUACAUCUUCAAAAAUGUCUAUUACAAAAAAGCAAACAGAAGUAGAUGUGUUGGCUGUUACUCUAAGGCAGUAA